AUGGCAAAAGUACCAGCAGUUAAGAGGCGCAAGCUUACACCUCCGCCAAAUGAGGGAGAAGAUUCGUCUCCGUCGACGUUAGAGAAUGAGCCAAAUUCGAAUGCGUUUUUCAAGACGGCUUCGAAAUGGAAUUUAGAACAGGAUUACGAAAUGAGACCGCGCAAAGGAAAGAAGGAUAAGAAAGAGAGUACACGAUUGCCAAUUAAGACCAAGGAAGGAUUGAUUGAACAAGUGGAAGCGCCAGUGGAAGUUAAUGAGGAGGAGAGCGAUUUAGAAUGGAUUGGUGCGGAUGAUGUUGAGGAAGAUGAGGAGCCCGAAGAGAAGGUCGAGAAAAAGCCUUCUGUGCCGAUACGACAGCAGAUUCUCGAAGCAAAGGAGGAAUUGGCACGUAUAGCAUUGAUGUUAAACGAAGAUCCGGAAGAAAAUGUAGGAGCAUUCAGAGCCAUAGCAGAAUUUGGAAAAUCGCACAACAUUACGAUCAAGAAAUUGGCAUUGGCGACACAAUUGGCUGUUUAUAAAGAUGUUAUUCCAGGAUAUAGGAUACGACCUUUAUCGGAAGAUAAUAUGGAAGAGAAAGUUUCAAAGGAGGUGCGAAAGUUGAGGGCCUACGAACAAGCUCUUGUGGGAGGAUAUCAAGGAUAUGUUAAGGAAUUGGGCAGGCUCGCGACAGCUGGAAAAUCCCAAAAAACAAGUGAUGGCGGCGCAGGUCUUUCAACGGUUGCCAUAUCUUGUGCAUGCGCACUGUUAGAAGCUGUACCCCAUUUCAAUUUCAGAUCAGAUCUCUUGAAGAUAUUGGUUGGAAAGCUCAGUACGAGAAAGGUGGACGCCGAAUUCGUCAAGUGUCGAGAGACUAUCGAAACGUUGUUCAAGAAUGACGAUGAUGGAACUUCAUCUUUGGAUGCGGUGAACAUUUUAACGAGAAUGAUGAAAGGAAGAGGAUACAGAGUAGACGAAAGUGUAUUGAACACUUUCUUACAUUUAAGAUUAUUAUCGGAAUUCUCUGGAAAGGCAUCAACGAAUCAUGUCGAUCAUGAGGAAGACAGUUUUGGAGGCAAGAAACUCAAGGAAAAGAGAGUAUUCCGCACCAAAAAGGAGCGAAAAUUGAUGAAGGAACGAAAAGCGGUUGAAAAGGAGAUGGUUCAAGCAGAUGCAACAGUCAGUCACGAAGAUCGCGAGAGAAUGCAGUCAGAAACCUUGAAACUCGUGUUUGUGACAUAUUUCCGCAUUCUUAAAGUUCGUUCACCAUCUCUCAUGGGUGCUGUACUUGAGGGUUUGGCUCGAUACGCCCAUCUCAUCAAUCAAGAUUUCUUCGGUGAUCUUCUCGAGGCGCUGAAAGAUCUCAUUGGUCAUGCCGAGACAGGAGAUGAUCUCGAGGAAACUGAAGGAGAAGACGAGGACUCCGAAACCUCACGCAAUCUCACCCGUGAAUCUCUCCUGUGUAUCAUCACCGCAUUCGCACUUCUAGAAGGCCAAGACGCCCAUAAAGCUCAAGCCUCGUUAAGCUUAGAUUUAAGUUUCUUCAUCACUCAUCUUUACCGCACUCUCCACGCCCUAUCUCUCAAUCCUGACAUCGAACUCUCCUCUAAAUCCCUCCAUCUACCAGAUCCAAAUGCCCCCUCAACAACCGACAAUAAAGUUAACAUUCAAACCACCACCGUUCUUCUCCUCCGCUCGCUCUCCUCCGUCCUCUUACCCCCCCUCGCUGCCCGCGCAGUCCCACCCCUCAGAAUCGCCGCAUUCACUAAACAACUCAUGACAUGCUCUCUCCAGCUACCAGAGAAAUCCGCUACCGCAAUGAUGGCUCUGUUAGGCAAAGUUGCAAAGAUUCACGAGACCAAGGUGAAGAGUCUCUGGAAUACAGAAGAGAGAAAGGGUGAUGGAAUGUUCGAUGGAUGUAGUACUGAAGUGGAAGGAAGUAAUCCCAUGGCAAGCACUAUCUGGGAAGGAGAAUUGUUAAGACUACAUUAUUGUCCUGCAGUUAGAGACGGUAUGAAAGUAGUGGAGAAGAACGUGAUUGGGUUGAGAUAG